CCGCUCAAUUCGCAAUCAAAUAUACUCAGUGCUGCUGGAAGAUGACAGUCAAGCCACUCUAUCCAUUCGACCCGGAUGAAUAUCUUCGCGCAUUUUACUCAUCGCCCACUGAAGAUACAGCGAUGCGUACGGUGCUCUUCUUUCUGCCUGGCAUUCUGUACUGGGUUCCGGAGAAAAUUCGAACAUUCGACCCGGAUGAAUAUCUUCGAGCGUUUUACUCCUCGCCCACUGAAGAUACAGCGAUGCGUACGGUGCUCUUCUUUCUGCCUGGCAUUCUCUACUGGAUUCCGGAGAAAAUUCGAACAGUGCUUGAUCUCGGAGCUGGUCCCACAGUUUAUGUACCAAUUAUAUUCCGCAGACAUGCCGAACAGAUUUACAGCGCCGACUAUGCGCAGCGCAACUGUGAAAUGCUGAAAAUAUGGGCCGAGAAUAGAUCAUCAUUCGAAUGGACCGAAAUAUGCAAGUGGAUAAGAAGCAUUGAGAAUUCGAAUGAAUCACACUCAGAAAUGGAAAAAUCUGCUCGCAGUAAGCUUGCAGCCGUUCUAAGGAUUUACAGCGCCGACUAUGCACAGCGUAAUUGUGAAACGUUGAAAAUAUGGGCCGAGAAUAGAUCACCAUUCGAAUGGACCGAAAUAUGCAAAUGGAUAAGAAGCAUUGAGAAUUCGAAUGAAUCACCCUCAGAAAUGGAAAAAUCUGCUCGCAAUAAGCUUGCAGCCGUUCUAAGGAUUGAUUUACAUGCCCAACCGAACAUCCAGUGCAUUCACUUCAAGCGUUCCAGCUCUGACCACAUACCUCAACAAUUUCAAAUCGUUGUUUCUAUUUUUUGUUUGGAAUACUCAUGCGAGAACGCUCAUGAAUACCGCCAGGCGGUUCGCAAUACGGCAAACCUCAUCGAACCCAAUGGAUUUCUUGUCAUUUCAUAAAA